CACGGCACCGCCCGUUGGACAGGUAAAGUUCACUUCUUGAGCUCGCGGAGCCGCGGCGUCCUCUCCCUCCGUCGAAAGGUUGUUGUGUUGGUGUGACGGUGGGGGCUCUGCUAUGGAUCAGUGUGAGGACAGAGAGGAGGAAGCCCCUCCCUCUGAAACCUCUCUGUGUGGGCAACAUGACAGAACGACCACAGCUCAGAGGAUCCAUCAGAGACCUAAAUCUCCUGAUCCCAGCUGUGUGUCCUUCAAGAGCGACCGGUCGAAGGGGAUUGUUACUAAUUUUAAACAAAGACAUUUAUCUGAUAAAAAGAUCCAUCAGAGACCAGACUCUCCUGGACCUGGUUCUGAGCCUGAACCCAGCUGUGUGUCCAUGAAGAGUGACAACAGUAUGAAUUUACCUUUAGACUUCAAAGAUAAACUCCAGUCGGUCGAUCCAAGAGUGGACCAGGAGAGCUCAGAGGUUCCCAGUGCUCAGUCUGCCCAGCAGCAUCAAACACAGCUGGACUCCAUAUUUAUGCUGCUGGAGGAGAACAUGAUCACUUUUGUCAAGAACGAGCUGAAGAAGAUGCACAAGCUUCUGAGUCCAGAUUACCCAGAAUGCUCAGGGAGUCAGAGGGAGGAUGAGGAGGUGAUGGACGGUCAGGAUGAAGAGCAGAGGAGCAGCAGAGAGGCAUUUGAGAAGAUCGCAGUGAACUUCCUGAGGAGAAUGAAGCAGGAGGAGCUGGCUGACUGUCUGCAGAGCAAACUUUUUGCUCCAGUUUGUCGACGUGAACUCAAAUCUAACCUGAAGAAGAAGUUCCAGUGUGUGUUUGAGGGGAUCGCUAAAGCAGGAAACCCAACCCUUCUGAACCAGAUCUACACAGAGCUCUACAUCACAGAGGGAGGGACUGGAGAGGUCAAUGAUCAACAUGAGGUCAGACAGAUUGAAACAACUUCCAGGAAACCAGUCAGACCAGAAACAACCAUCAGACAAGAAGACAUCUUUAAAGCCUCACCUGGAAAAGACGGACCAAUCAGAACAAUGAUGACAAAGGGAGUGGCUGGCAUUGGGAAAACAGUCUUAACACAGAAGUUCACUCUGGACUGGGCUGAAGACAAAGCCAACCAGGACAUACAGUUCACAUUUCCAUUCACCUUCAGAGAGCUGAAUGUGCUGAAAGAGAGAAAGUUCAGCUUGGUGGAACUUGUUCAUCACUUCUUUACUGAAACCAAAGAAGCAGGAAUCUGCAGGUUUGAUCAGUUCCAGGUCGUGUUCAUCUUUGACGGUCUGGAUGAGUGUCGACUUCCUCUGGACUUCCACAACACUGAGAUCCUGACUGAUGUUACAGAGUCCACCUCAGUGGACGUGCUGCUGACAAACCUCAUCAGGGGGAAACUGCUUCCCUCUGCUCGCCUCUGGAUAACCACACGACCUGCAGCAGCCAAUCAGAUCCCUCCUCAGUGUGUUGACAUGGUGACAGAGGUCAGAGGGUUCACUGACCCACAGAAGGAGGAGUACUUCAGGAAGAGGUUCAGAGAUGAGGAGCAGGCCAGCAGCAUCAUCUCCCACAUCAAGACAUCACGAAGCCUCCACAUCAUGUGCCACAUCCCAGUCUUCUGCUGGAUCACUGCUACAGUUCUGGAGGAGGUGUUGAAAACCAGAAGGAGAGGAGAGCUGCCCAAGACCUUGACUGAGAUGUACAUCCACUUCCUGGUGGUUCAGACCAAACUGAAGAAGGUCAAAUAUGAUGGAGGGUCUGAGACAGAUCCACACUGGAGUCCAGAGAGCAGGAAGAUGAUUGAGUCUCUGGGAAAACUGGCUUUUGAGCAGCUGCAGAAAGGAAACCUGAUCUUCUAUGAAUCAGACCUGACAGAGUGUGGCAUCGAUAUCAGAGCAGCCUCAGUGUACUCAGGAGUGUUCACACAGAUCUUUAAAGAGGAGAGAGGCCUGUACCAGGACAAGGUGUUCUGCUUCGUCCAUCUGAGUGUUCAGGAGUUUCUGGCUGCUCUUCAUGUCCAUCUGAUCUUCAUCAAGUCUGGACUCAAUCUGAUGUCAGAUGAACAAUCAACCUCCAAGAAGUCUGAACCAGGACGACACGAAUCUGCAGAGACAAACUUCUACCAGAGAGCUGUGGACGAGGCCUUACAGAGUCCAAAUGGACACCUGGACUUGUUCCUCCGCUUCCUCCUGGGUCUUUCACUGCAGACCAAUCAGACUCUCCUACGAGGUCUGAUGUCACAGACAGGAAGUGGCUCACAGACCAAUCAGGAAACAGUCCAUUACAUCAAGAGAAAGAUUGAAGAGACUCCCUCUGCAGAGAAAAGCAUCAACCUGUUCCACUGUCUGAAUGAACUGGAUGAUCGUUCUCUAGUGAAGCAGAUCCAACAGUCCCUGAGAUCAGGACGUCUCUCCACAGAUAAACUGUCUCCUGCUCAAUGGUCAGCUCUGGUCUUCAUCUUACUGUCCUCAGAAGAAGAUCUGGACGUGUUUGACCUGAAGAAAUACUCUGGUUCAGAGGAGGCUCUUCUGAAGCUGCUGCCAGUGGUCAAAGCCUCCAACAAAGCUCUACUGAGUGGCUGUAACCUCUCAGAGAGAAGCUGUGAAGCUCUGUCCUCAGUCCUCAGCUCCCAGUCCUCCAGUCUGAGACACCUGGACCUGAGUAACAACAACCUGCAGGAUUCAGGAGUGAAGCUGAUCUCUGCUGGACUGGAGAGUCCACACUGUGCACUGGAGACUCUCAGACUGAGUGACUGUAACCUCUCAGAGAGAAGCUGUGAAGCUCUGUCCUCAGUCCUCAGCUCCCAGUCCUCCAGUCUGAGACACCUGGACCUGAGUAACAACAACCUGCAGGAUUCAGGAGUGAAGCUGAUCUCUGCUGGACUGGAGAGUCCACACUGUGCACUGGAGACUCUCAGUCUGUCAGGAUGUCUGGUCACAGAGGAAGACUGUGCUUCUCUGGCCUCAGCUCUGACAUCCAACCCCUCCCAUCUGAGAGAGCUGGACCUGAGCUACAAUCAUCCAGGAGACUCAGGAGUGAAGCUGCUGUCUGCUGGACUGGAGGAUCCACACUGGAGACUGGAGACUCUCAGGGCGGAGCCUGGUGGAGUCCCAUGGUUGACUCCAGGUCUGAGGAAGUAUUCCUGUGAACUCACAAUCGACACAAACACAGUGAACAGACAGAUCAAACUGUCUGACAACAACAGGAAAGUGAGACGUGUGAGAGAGAAUCAGUCAUAUCCUGAUCAUCCAGACAGAUUUGACCAGUGUCCUCAGCUGCUGUGUUCAACUGGUCUGACUGGUCGCUGUUACUGGGAGGUCGAGUGGAGAGGAAAGGUUCAUAUAUCAGUGAGUUACAGAGGAAUCAGAAGGAAAGGAGUCAGUAAAGACUGUUGGUUUGGAUUGAACGAUCAGUCCUGGAGUCUGUUCUGCUCUGAUGAUGGUCGUUACUAUGUCUGUCACAAUGAGGAAAAAACAUUCAUCCCCUCUUCCUCCUCCUCCUCCUCCUCCUCUUCCUCCUCCCCCUGCUCCUCCUCCCCCUCCUCCCCCUCCUCCCCCUCCUCCUCCUCCUCCCCCUCCUCCCCCUCCUCCUCCUCCUCUAACAGAGUAGCAGUGUAUGUGGACUGUCCUGCUGGCUCUCUGUCCUUCUACAGAGUCUCCUCUGACUCACUGAUUCACCUCCACACCUUCAACACCACCUUCACUGAACCUCUGUAUCCUGGGUUUGGACUCUGUUAUUAUAAGUCUUACAUGUGUCUGUUGUAGACAGAACCUCCUCCUGUUGGAGAAACUGUCUCACUGCUGACCAGAUAGUUCAGUCUGUACAGGAUCACACACAGCUGAUGUUAUUUAAAACCAACAUGGUUUCCAGUUUGUUGUUGUUUUCUGUGACAGUCUGUCGUUAACGAUUGCAGAUGUAUCCAGAGGUUUUCCAUGUAGAUCCUGAACAUCAGGCACAAACAUGGUCUGCAUGGAUCACUUCAUAGAUUUUCAUACUGAACAGCAACAUAACAUCACGUCACUGUUAACAUGUCAUACAAACAACCUCCUGUGUCUCUCUGCCCAUGUUUGGCACUGGCAACAACAUGAGCAAAACUCCACACAAGCUAAAAUCAAGACUCAGCUGUGGAGACAAAACCAAAGAUUUAAAGUGUUGGUCUUGAACAACUAGAAAUCAGUCACAGAGGAGGAGCCAGAGAAAAAUGAAAUCUGGAGGAUCUGAGAUUACUGAACAAAAAUCUACCAGAAAGUUUAGAACAAUAUUUCUGUAAUAAUUCCUACAAACUCAACGAGACAAUCAAAUUAUCUGCAUCUCCUUUUCUAUCACACCAGCAGGGGGCAGUAUUCAGUUAAAUAUACAGGUGUACAACUGUGGAACACCAACUUACACCUGGUGGACACCUCACCUUCACUACCUGAUAUUAAAAGAAAAUUAAAAGAAGCAUUAAUAAUCUCUCAGGUGGGAAUCAGGGUAAACUAAUAGUGUUUUGAUUCAUGUAUUUUUAUUUUGUUUGUGUCUCUGGUUGAUGGAUUCAUUUAAAUAUCUGUCACUUCCACUAUAUAUUCUGUUGUUGAAGCUGUUUUCUUUUUUUCUUUCUCACUUUGUAAGAAGUAAUUUUUAUUUUACGUUGAGGUUUAACAAAAGCCCUCGAUGUGUUUCUUACCUCACCUGCUCAUUCUCUCCAUUAAAAAAGAGAAAACUG